AUGGACGAAGGUCCGUCUGAGUGCGACGAUGAUGACUCAUUGUCGGAUUGUAGUGAUAACACAUUAUGCAAUUUAGGUUCAAGCAUUGCAAAUGCUAUGAACACAAUUUAUAAUGAUCAGUACAAUUUAAUUCCACAAAAUACAGUUGCAGUUAAUAGUGUUUCUAAUAAAAUUAUUAGCAAUAAAAACAGUGAUUUAGUGAGCAAAUCAUUUAGUGUUAAAAAAAGUGUUGUCAGUAAAAGCAAAGCUAUUAAGAGUGCUAUGUCAGAUAGUGUGAAAAAAGUUAAUUCACAAAUACUGAUAAAUACUAUCAUAAAUCAAGAAAGUACCAAGAUAACAAAUAAUAUAAAUAAUACUAAUACAGAUAAUACAUGUAAAAACUUGAAUGAAAUUAUGGAAAAUGGAACAGAUAUACCUGUUGAAAUAACUAAUGAUUCUUUAAAUAUAAAUAGCACCAGUGAAAAUGUGAGUAAUAAUAAUAAUUCAACUACAGAAACAUUUCAUGACAUGGAUAUAAGUGAACCAUCAACAUCUUCAGAUAAUCAAAUGCACAGCAAUUUACACAAUGUAAAUCACAAUAAUAUGGUUUUUGCAGACCAUAACAUAUUCAAUCAAUUAUUACAUAAUACUACAGGACCAGAAGAAGAUUUUAACCUAAUUCAAAAACGAAAGACAAGAAAUAAUGGUGCGAAUAAUACGAAUCAUGUAUCAGAUAUUCAUCAAAACCAAGUUAAAAUGCCACCAAUUAUAAUCAAAAGUACACCACCUAACCGUCACUAUAUAUGGAAACUACAAAAGUUAUGUAAGACUCAAAUGCUAUCUCAAUAUCGAGGUAUCAAUAACUACUUAAUUACAACAACUAGUCUAGCGUGA